AGACUGGCUCAAGACUGGAUGUGACGUCCAGAGCUGGCCAUGUGGAGCCCGGCUCCUCACGCGCGGCCUGUGGCCAUGCACGACGCACGUCAUGCACCUGGAGGAUACACAUCGCAGUCCUUCAGGAUCGAGGCGCCUUCCGCGCCUUUCGUGGCGCCCAGGAUGGUCUCCAGCCCCGCGCGGGAUGUGCUCAGCCAGACCUGCGCCCGGCAGGUGCCCCCGCAGGCUGUCCACAUGCCGGUUGGAGGAGUACCGGGCAAUCGCUCCCCGUACGUGCGCCGGGCGCCGGCUCCCUUGCCUUUGCGCUGCGCGGUGGGUUCCCCGUGCUCCCGAAUGAUCGUCCGCACCACGACCACCUCGCCCCGGCGCGAGCUGCCGCGCCCCGCCACGGCACCCCAGUCGACUGCGGUGCCGCGGUUGGAGCUUCGCCCAGUGCCGGGCCGGGUGCUGGCGGUGCGCUCGCCUUUGUCGCCCGCGCUGGCGCGGGUGGGCAGCCCCUUGCGGGUGAGCCCCAAGAAGAUGGCUAAAAGCCAAGAGGAUCCCAAGGCCAAGAUCCCUGCAGCGCCUGCGCCCGCGGUGCCCGCGGUGCCUGUGGCGCCCGCGGUGCCUGCGGUGGCGCCCGAAAGUCCUGACAGGCAGGUUGAGAAGGAGCUGCAAGAGCUCCAACAGGAGCUCCAGGUGCUCCACCAGGAGCUCAGUCAGCUGCCGAAAGAGGAGCUUUCCAACGAAAAGGAUGAGACGGAGAAGGCGGAGGGCCUGCAGGGCCAGCUCUCGCAGACCUCCACCAUCGCCCCGGAGGACGACCGGGUCACGCGCACCGUGCGUGCGCUGCCGCCCCGGCCCCAGCAUGCGCCGGAGAAGGCGGAACGGGAGCGGCUUGAGCCGCUGGUUUGGGAGUGUCUGCCAGACAGGCACCCCGUGGAGGCGGAGGGGGAGCGGCACUUUGUGGGCGCCUGCUUGGACGCGCUGGCGGACACCAUGGCGGAGGCCGGUGGCGUGCAGAGGUACAUGAGCGCGGGUCAGCGGGCCUACCAGUGGGCCGUUUGCAAGGCCCAGGAUGAGGAUCCUACCAUGCCCGCGCUGCGCUGGGCAUUGGAGGACAUCAUCCAGAGUCGCGUGCGAACCGGGGCCCAGGGUGUUUUCGUGCAGCAGGGCUGGAUGAUGUCCAUGGGCAACAAGAAGGUGGUGAAGCUCUGUUGCAGGAGGCGCCUGGAAGGCUUGGCAUUUUCUCCGCGCAGGUGUGAAGGUUCUGAGGGGAAGCUCUCGGUUUGUUGGGACUGGGACGUGAAGCUUGAGCCCAAGGAGAAGUGAGCGAUGGUAGACAUUUAAGCUGCCUCGGCCGUACACAUUGCUCAAGGUGGAUCACUCAUAUCUCUUUG